AUGUCCUUCAUACCUACUCGACGUCGGCGACCGCAAGAGUUUACCCUUCCCAAUGGGAAAAAGGUAAUCGCCUCUCUCCCAGAAGACAUCGAUGAACUACGGGAGAAACAUGGACGUCGUAGCGAUGUCCAGGUCGAGAUUGUUAUCCAUGGAUCACCAGAGCAUCACAACUAUCUCAGAGAGACACGGGAUCAUCAUGAAGGUCGCCGUCAUCACUUUCGCCAGAAACACGGCCCUGCCUUUGAUGAGUGGGAAGAUAUGCAAGCUCAGCUCGAUCUAGUCAACAGCCACUUGGAACGACUCUCCACCAACACGUCCAAUCUGAAUGCCAACUUUGACAAGUUCGGCUACGGCGCUGAAUUGAGAACUUACGAUGAUGAUGAGCCCGCAGCCGGUGUCGAUUCCUCCAACAUGUCUACCUCUGAUACACUGUCGAUUGGGUCCAGUGGGAGUCAAUCUCGAUUGGGGGAGACGAUCAAGCUCUUCAAAAAGCCAGUCGUGAAGCAAUGGUUUCACAAAGGCCUACUUUGGCGUGCUUCAGAAAAUACUGAAAUCAUGGCUAUUGAGCUCUUCUUUGAUCUUCUAUACGUCGGCAUCAUUCACGUCAAUGGUGAACACGUCUGGGCAGAGCCAACCGGCAAGGAGUUGCUUCGCUUUGCAAUUACCUUUAUCAUGUCGUGGAAGAUCUGGUCCGACAUUACCUUGAUCCUGAGUUGGUUCGAGACAGACGAUGUCUUUACUCGACUUGAGAUUUUGUUCGAGAUUGCAUGUCUCUUGGGAUUCUCUACCAACAUGACCUAUGCCUUCCACGAGGGGGAGCACAACACAUAUAAAAUGCUUAUAUCUUUCUAUGUCGCUGCUCGAUUCAGAGGUAUCACACAUUUCUUGUAUACCGCUUACCUUUUACCAAUGGUCCGCGGUGUCAUGUUUUGCCAGGCUAUCAACGUCAUUGUUCCUGCAGCCAUCUGGAUUGCCAGUAUUCACGUCGAGAUGCCAUCUCGUCUAGGACUGAUAUGGGUUGCUAUCGCCCUAGACAUGUGUGGCCAAAGCAUCCUGACGGGACUGUUCCAAUGGGCUCGAACAACUUCACAACCUAAAAGAUUCGCUAAAUAUCUUUCUGGUAUCUUCGAGUUCUUUCCAGCCGUCAAUAUUGAGCAUCGAGUCGAACGUACCAACGCCUUUGUCUCCCUGGUGUUUGGGUAUUCUGUCAUGGGGCCCAUGUUUCAGAGUUACGGAGGUUAUACAGUUGAUGUAUUCCUAGGUAAAGCUGUUCUUGGGCUGUGCCAAGCUUUCGUCUUUAACUGGAUUUACUUUGAUGUUGAUGGAAGCAACAUCAAUGUGCAUGCUAUUAGACGGGCCGUGUAUAGCUCUUCGAUAUGGCACUAUGCUCAUCUUCCUUUCAUCAUGGGCUACAUUCUUUCAUCUGCCGGAUUGUCCAAACUCGUUCUGGCUGCCGAUACUCCUGGCGCGAACCCCGAGCACUUGACAGAACACUACAUUGAGCGUACAGACCCUGAGAUUGCCGAUGGUAUCCGGUACUUCUACUGCCAUGGUCUUGCUAUCGCACUCUUUUUUAUGGGAGUCAUAUCAGCCUGCCACGACCACCGUCACCCAGCAACUCGACGUCUGUCCAAAAAGACUCGGUUGGCCAAUCGGGCGCUUGUGUGUCUUAUCUUGUUCUGUCUACCGUUGGCCAAGGGUCUCAAUUCAUUGAAUCUUGUGUCCAUCACUCUGGGCCUGACCGUCUGGGUUCUACUUCUAGAGCUGUUUGGAAAAUCGUGCCGCAGUGACCCUUUUAUUGGUGAGAAGAAAGGAUGCUCGGUGCGGUAUAAGUGCAAGUGCAGCAAAAAGGAUCUUGAGAACGCAAAUCUGGACGAGAAGCCAAAGACUGCGACAGCAGAGGUGCUUGAACUAGGACCUAGAGAGAAAACUGCGGUGGCUGAUGUACAGGAUUGA